CGGACCCUGCUGCCGAGGCAUGAGGAGCUAGCUGAGCGUCUCGAACGAGGCGGGCUGACGGCAGCACCAUGCAGGCGGCGGCGGCUGCGUCCGUGCCCUUCUUGCUGCUCUGCGCCCUGGGGACCUGCCCCCCGGCGCGCUGCGGUCGGGCAGGAGACGCCUCGUUGACGGAGCUGGAGAGGAGGAACGAAAACCGCUUCCUGGAGCGCCAGAGCAUCGUGCCACUCCGGCUCCUCUACCGCUCGGGCGGUGAAGACGAAACUGGACACGACGCGCUCGACACGCGGGUGCGGGGCCACCCCGGCGGCGGGCAGUUGACUCAUGUUGACCAGGCAAGCUUCCAGGUUGAUGCCUUUGGAACAUCCUUUAUUCUCGAUGUCGUGCUAAACCACGAUUUGCUGUCCUCUGAAUACGUAGAGAGACAUGUUGAACAUGGAGGGAAGACUGUGGAAGUUAAAGGAGGAGAACAUUGCUACUACCAGGGCCGUGUCCGAGGAAACCCUGCUUCAUUUGUUGCAUUGUCAACAUGCCAUGGACUUCAUGGAAUGUUCUAUGAUGGGAACCACACCUAUCUCAUUGAACCAGAAGAGAAUGACACCUCCCAAGAGGAUUUCCAUUUUCAUUCGGUUUACAAAUCCAGACUGUUUGAAUUUCCCUUGGAUGAUCUUCCAUCUGAAUUUCAGCAAGUACACAUCACUCCACCAAAAUUUAUUUUGAAGCCAGCACCAAAAAGAAGUAAACGGCAGCUUCGUCGACAUCCUCGUAAUGUAGAGGAGGAGACCAAAUAUAUUGAACUGAUGAUUGUCAACGAUCAUCUCAUGUUUAAAAAACAUCGGCUUUCAGUUGUACAUACCAAUACAUAUGCAAAAUCGGUGGUGAACAUGGCGGAUUUGAUCUAUAAAGACCAACUGAAGACAAGGAUAGUAUUGGUUGCCAUGGAAACCUGGGCAGCUGACAACAAGUUUGCCAUAUCUGAAAAUCCAUUGAUCACCCUACGUGAGUUUAUGAAAUACAGGAGGGAUUUUAUCAAAGAGAAAAGUGAUGCAGUUCACCUUUUUUCGGGAAGUCAAUUUGAGAGUAGCCGGAGCGGGGCAGCUUAUAUUGGUGGGAUUUGCUCGUUGCUGAAAGGAGGAGGCGUGAAUGAAUUUGGGAAAACUGAUUUAAUGGCAGUUACACUUGCCCAGUCAUUAGCUCAUAAUAUUGGUAUUAUCUCAGACAAAAGAAAGUUAGCAAGUGGUGAGUGUAAAUGUGAGGACACGUGGUCUGGAUGCAUAAUGGGAGACACUGGGUAUUAUCUUCCUAAAAAAUUCACUCAGUGUAAUAUUGAAGAGUAUCACGACUUUCUGAAUAGUGGGGGUGGUGCCUGCCUUUUCAACAAACCUUCCAAGCUGCUCGAUCCUCCUGAAUGUGGCAAUGGCUUCAUCGAAACUGGAGAGGAGUGUGACUGUGGGACCCCUGCAGAAUGUGUCCUUGAAGGAGCAGAGUGUUGUAAGAAAUGCACCUUGACUCAAGACUCUCAAUGCAGCGAUGGUCUUUGUUGUAAGAAAUGCAAGUUUCAGCCUAUGGGGACUGUGUGCCGAGAAGCAGUAAAUGAUUGCGAUAUUCGUGAAACGUGCUCAGGAAAUUCAAGCCAGUGUGCCCCAAAUAUUCAUAAAAUGGAUGGAUAUUCAUGUGAUGGUAUUCAGGGGAUUUGCUUUGGAGGAAGAUGUAAAACCAGGGAUAGACAAUGCAAAUACAUCUGGGGGCAAAAGGUGAUGGCAUCAGACAAAUACUGCUAUGAGAAACUGAACAUUGAAGGGACAGAGAAGGGUAACUGUGGAAAAGACAAAGAUACGUGGAUACAGUGCAACAAACGGGAUGUGCUUUGUGGUUACCUUUUGUGCACCAAUGUUGGUAACAUCCCAAGGCUUGGAGAACUUGACGGUGAAAUCACAUCUACUUUGGUUGUGCAGCAGGGAAGAACAUUAAACUGCAGUGGUGGGCAUGUGAAGCUUGAGGAAGAUGUAGAUCUUGGCUAUGUGGAAGAUGGGACACCUUGUGGUCCCCAAAUGAUGUGCUUAGAACACAGGUGUCUUCCUGUGGCUUCCUUCAACUUUAGUACUUGCUUAAGCAAUAAAGAAGGCACUGUUUGUUCAGGAAAUGGAGUUUGCAGUAAUGAGCUGAAGUGUGUGUGUAACAGACACUGGGUGGGUGCAGACUGCAGCACUUACUUCCCUCACAAUGAGGACUCCAAGACUGGCAUUACUCUGUCUGGCAAUGGUGUUGCUGGUACCAAUAUCAUAAUAGGCAUAAUCGCUGGCACUAUCUUGGUGCUGGCCCUCAUAUUAGGAAUAACUGCAUGGGGUUAUAAAAAUUAUCGAGAACAGAGGUCUAAUGGGCUUUCUCAUUCUUGGAGUGAAAGGAUCCCAGACACAAAACACAUUUCAGACAUCUGUGAAAAUGGACGACCUCGAAGUAACUCUUGGCAAGGUAACCUGGGAGGCAACAGAAAGAAAAUCAGAGGCAAAAGAUUUAGACCUCGGUCUAAUUCAACUGAGAGGGAGCCCCAAGCACCUGAGCCUGGGCACUCCCUCGCCCAGACAGUCCCAUCCCAAGGCAUAAGCCCAGGGGGCUCUGACAGCCCCCAGACAGGGAGUCUGGAUCACAGGUAUUUAAACCCAUGGUUCAAAAGAGACUAUAAUGUAGCUAAGUGGGUAGAAGAUGUGAAUAAAAACACUGAAGGACCAUACUUUAGGACUCUAUCUCCUGCCAAGUCUCCUUCUUCAUCAACUGGGUCUAUUGCCUCCAGCAGAAAAUACCCAUACCCAAUGCCUCCACUUCCUGAUGAAGAGAAGAAAGUGAACCGACAAAGUGCCAGGAAACCCAGCCUCACGGAAUCACUGCAAAUCUAUCUGCUCUUCAGACAAUACAGACCCUCUGAGAUGCCACAGAGGAGAGGAAGCCGAGUCUCACGUCUGGAUACCAUUUUCUUUUUGUCAUUGGCUUAGGAUUUAACUGAACCAUGAAAAGAACUACUGAAAUGUUACACUAUAACAUGGAAAAAUAAAGGUACCGGUAUGUUAAUGGAUAAUCCGCAUGACAGAUACAUGUAGAAAUCUCACUAAAAUUAACUCAUGACCCAAAUGUAGCAAGUUUCCUAAGGGACAAUAGUGGACUCAGAACUGACAUUCUGAAGCACAUCCUCAUUGUAGACAGUAAUGCUAUGUGCAUGAAGCUUCUGUUUAUUGCUUUCUACAUUUAAGGAAACAACAUCCCAUAAUAGAAACUAGCAUGCAGGGCUAAGGCAUAUAGGAUUUUUCUGCAGGACUUUAAAGCUUGAGAGGCCAAUAUCCCAUAUGCUUACUCGAAACAUGUAUCUUUAUUUUUGUUUUUUUACUUUUCAUAUUUAUAUCAGCAUACAAGGACAAUUGUACAUAUGUAAACAUUUUUAAAAUAAAAAAAGCAACUGUUAACACACAAGUGUAUUUUGCCAAAUGCCUAAAAAUAAUCAGUAACAGGCACAUCGUCAUCAUCCAUCAAAUGGUCUUUAAAGAUGAUAAACAGAUGAUGUUGUAAAUAUAGUGGUCAGUGCCCUAAGUGUCUCUCUCCGUAAUUGGUAUUUGUCCUCCAAAACCUGUGAUAUCCCUUUAAGCUGUGCACAGCCUGGAGGCAGUUUUCUUGAGUGAUUAAUCGAACCAGAGAAGAAAAUGCCCAGCAAAUCUGGGGCUUCCACAUUGGCUGGGGCAGGAGCUCAGUAGUGUAGCCAGUCUCCGGCCUCCAGGCACUCACUCUGAAGCUGAUGGCUGCUCCCUGGGAGUCCUCCAGCCAGUGUCUGCCUCGGCAGCUGUUGUCUUUCAGUAUCAGAGCACGCCUAGUCUCACUCUGGAGGCCCGUGAGCCCCUCAGCAGCACGUCCUGCUGACCUUAAGCAAGUGUACCAAAGACACGUGAGACCGGGGCCCCUGAUACAUUGAUAGCUUCCGACUUGCCGACACUCUAACCCUUUGUGGCCUCAAUUUUUGUUCUUUGACAAAACUUUUUAGCUACCUUUAUCUGUAAGAUGAAUAGCUUGUUUUAAUAAAACCAACUUUUACACUGUUUAUCAAGGAUAUUUAUCAUCAGUAGGAUGUGAGUCCAACAGGUCAUUCUGCACUGAUGUGGAAGCAAGGUGAUGGAGGUUCUACUAACUGGGCGGGAAGCCUCAACGGGCCACAGAGGGUUAGAAGAAACCUAAAGCCACAAGUGUGCGGCAACUGUGAAGUUACCCAAACAGCUGGCAGGGGAAAAGAUCUGACGUUUUGAACUUUUUUUUUUUAAUCCAUAGAAAAGUGAGAAAUCUAUGUUAAAGUCCCUUCUUUAAAACCAAAGUUGGAUAGCUGUUACAACGCAGCUCUGUCAUUCUAAAAGAAAACUUCCCUGGGAAAGACUACUCUAGUGAACUCCGAAAUUGAUGGGAUCAAUCCAAUGCUUUGAUGUGAAGAGUACUUCUGAAUUUCCUCAUUUUCUUUCCUUUUUCUUGAGAGGAAUGGAAUCUGCAGACAAGAUUUCAGAAAUAUUCUCCUAAAUUUGAUCUCUCCCAGUAGUGUCCAUGGUCAAAAUCCAUUUCAUCUUCACAUAUAGUCAUCUUAGAUGCCCAAACUGCAGGGCCAUGUUAGAGGCAGUAUUUUAUAUUCUAUGGUUUUUGUCUUCUGUAACGGACCUCUCUUCUGAAAGUCUUUGAAAAUGUUUGACAAGAAAUUUAAUCACUCAAAACUAUAAAGUGUUUGUAAAUGGCAUUUUUCAUGACAGGAAGGGAUGUGAUUGUCGAUACUACAAUGAAAUGAUCCAUCAGAUUAAGAUUUGGGUGAGUGUUGGGUGACGAUGCCAUGUAGCUCAAAUGAAGGGCAGGAGGGCAGACAGAUUUAAAGAUGUAGCAAAUAAAGUGGCUUUUGACCAAGAUCACUUUAAUGUGCACUGAAUAUUUUCUGGUAUUGAGUGUAUAAAAUGCUAAUGUUAUAAGAUUUAUUUUGACUAUAAAAGAGUUUAUAGAUUUGAAUGUAAGGUACCUUGUGUAAAUAUGCUUCCUAGUUAUGGUUACAUAAACCCUAAUUUGAAAGAAUUUACAAAUGGGGAGCUACUUGUCAACAGAUUCCCUCCCAUACACUUUCCUUACUUUCUCAAUUAUUUUUACAUGAAAAUUAUUAUUUCAAGUAAAAGUCAUUGUAACAUGUCUUUUGUAAGGCAUAGUUAUUUAUAGUCAGGCUCCUUGAUAAUAACCUUCAGGUGGAACUGAAUGAAAAGCAUUUGUUUUAUUUGCAGGAAGAUUAUGAUUUUAUGGUAGCUUUAAUGUUCUGUUCUGGGUAUCUGCCUAAGAAUGUUUGAACAUUCUUACAGCCAUUUGCAGAAUUCUCUGACAAGUUUAUAAUCUUAGUGGAUACUUUUGAGAAAUACCUAUACGGGUACUCAUGGUUGGUAUUUAGAUGUAUUAAAUCUAAAUAUUUAUGACUUUUCAUCCACUGAAACAGGAAAAUGGACCUAUGGCACUAAACACAAGCACAGCAUUAGAACUUUUUAAUAUAUUUUGGAGAGGAACUUUGAGGUCAUCAGAGUGGUUUGUGUCACGCAACUAAUAUUUAUAGCCCCCAGUCAAUUACAGAACUCUGAUGCCAAGCAGAGAAGAGUGGUUCAUUGGCCUUUCUGUUCCAUUGUAUGCCUUUUUCUUUCUUUCUAAAGUUUUUUGCAUAGAUAAAACUUCAGAUUGACAACCGUGCUGCCUGCAAUGGUCCAUUUGUCCAUAGACAUUGCAGUAUAGCAAACUCUGACUUAAACAUUGAAAUCUCUUUAUUAAGAAUGAUAACAAGGGGGUGGGGGUAAGAGGGAGCCCCUGAAGGAACUGAGGUCAGACUUACCGGUCUGUGUCCAGCCAACUCUUUCUUUAGUCAGGAAGUAGCGUCCUCCUCAGGAGUCCCUCAGCUGGAAAGUGAUCCUAGGUCACGUGCAGUCUGUGGAAAGGAACCCACUCAAACAGCACAGCAUAGUGAGGGCCUUCAGUUUACCUUAGUUGCUCUAUAGUUUAAAGAAACCCAGGGCUGUUCUUUAAAAAUUUUUGACUAAUAAAGUAAAUGUAGGGUUGAAAUGCCAAAAAUACUUGAGAUAGGUGCUUUAUUAAGUGAUACUAGUUUCUUUUUCCCCUGGCUUUAAAAAGGCUUUUAAAAUUGUCUUUAUAUAUAAAGUCAGUCUGGUAUAGAUUUUUGUGCAUAAGAUGGAUAGGGUUUCUAAAAGAAGUUGUUGAUAAAAUUAGAUCUUUUGUGCACUUCCCGAAAAGGACUAUUUAUGUUUGAUUUUCGUCACAGCCUUACGUUUCUGUUGUUGUUGUUGUUGUUGUUGUUGUUGAUUCCCUUGAAAAUUUGCAUAAUUUAAACUGUCAGUUGUCCCAGAUCUCUUUACCUUUUGCUUUUUUGGACUUUGUUCUUUACUUUUUAGUUACCUAUGGGCUGGAGGAAAUGCGGUAUUUUUAUGCCCUCCUUUACGAAAUCAAGCGUGUUUAUGUCACCCAUUCUUCAUUUCCUGUUGUCAUGUACUUCUACUUUAACUUAUAGUGUUUUAAUGUUUCCUCAUGUUAUUCAACAUAAUAAAUCCUUACCUAAAGAGAAGACUAUUUUACUUUAUUUUACUUAAACGUAAAGGAAGGGUAGCUUAUUGGGAGGAUACUGAGUAGCUGGCAGUGCCGAGAUGUGGCACUCAGUGGACUGAAGGAACGAAGGGUGGCCAGCCGCUUGCUGCCACAGCCUGACUAGGACACCACUGCCAGCUGCUGUCAAGGGCGCCCCCUUGGGCAGCGUAUUAUAAAUUCCAUCCUACCAACUUGGUAAGUUGCCAUCAGUUUUUCAUGAAAUGUUCUGACUUCCACUGGCGGCAUAACAUCUACAUUUCAGGGUCCUGAUGGUUCUUUUCCUUUCGCUUUCGUUUUCCCCUAAAACUGCUAUGCACAUUUUCGUUGUUGUUCAAUGGAGUCAAGGUGAAUUUCUCAUUCUACUAGCUUGAAAUACAUAAAAGGCAGAUAUUUCUGUGGAAUAGGGCUUAAUUUGAGGCUUGUUAAUUUUUUUUUUGUUGUUUGUUUUUCCCCUCAGUUAUUUUCUGAAUGGAUAAAAACUGUUCUGAUUUUGGAUGCAGCACGUUUCCUCCUGGCAUAGGAGCACUAAGCACUUUCAUAAACAGCUUCCCCUGUUGGAUUGUGAGGAGCCCAGACUGCUCUUAUGAAUCCGUUAAGAGGCAGCAGCCCACGAUCUGGGUGUCUGUAUGCGUGUGUGCACACGUACACAGCCGCAUGUGCUAGAACUCUGGGCACAUGCUGAUAGCAUAUGCUGUGCAGGCAGGUGCCUUUAAUUCUGAGAGGAGCUUUCCCAGAUGUUCAUCAAACGAAGAUACAGCAGGACUUUAGAAAUCAGGGCAUAGUAUUUCUCUUCAUGUUUUAUUCAUGGCUUUGUCAGAGCCCCUAACAUGGAGCACCAUCUGGUUCAGUUUAUAAGUAGAAAAGCAAAACCUUCAAAAACAAAAACCUGCCUGGCAUUUUUGUCCUUUAUCUCCAGGGCCUGACAAACAGUAAGCAUCCUCCCUACGGAGUCUGAGAGAUGCUUCCAAACCCUUCCUACUCCUCUUCAGUAGCUUGCCAGCCCUUUUCUCCUCACUGUCAUGGAGGUAAGUCCCUUCUUGGCUAAACUGGCACUGGGGAGAACCACAGGGUGAAGAAUAGGAGGAAGAGAGGCACCUUUAGUCUUCUCUCACUGGCAACUGGGCAUGGAUUAUGCAACAUUUAGAAGUCACUAAGAGAUUGGUCCUCGGGUAUAUUUCAGGAUGGAGGGGGGAUAGAAAGUAGUGAGCCUUGGGAGGUCACGGGGUAUUUAGUCUUGACACAGGAGCAGAAUGGAGACACACAUGAACCCAGAAGCCAGGUGUGCAGAAGGUGAUCACUGGGGGUGUGGUGGGGACAGAGGGGCCGAGUGCCUACGACAGUCUGGUAUACUUUGCAGUUUUACUGAGUGUUGGCUCUAUAAAUACUUUAUGGGCCCAGUACAUGUUGGGCCUGUCACCGUUGCUCAGUGUGUCCCUAUUGAAUUGUUCAUAAAACCUGUAUUGAAUGGAGACGUACUUCAAGGCUGGCAGAGUUUUGCUCCAGGGCACCAUUAUUUCAUGUUUUUAGGUAUCCUUAAAAUCAAAACCAGGGAAAAUGUAGGGUGGCUUUUUUUUUUCUUUUCUUUUUUUUACAAAAAGGCAUACAAUGAGACUAGCAAUCUUAAGAUAAUGCACUUAGAAAAUCAUCAGUAAAGUUUUCAGAGAGUUUAUGAAGAAAAGGACAUUUUCCUCUCAAGUUAAAAAAGUGUCAGAUGUGGAUUUUUUGUGUUGUAAUGGUCAAACUCUAAAGUAAUGCAAAUAGCCCCCAAAUCUUUAAACAUAGCGGUGCUAAGUUAUACCAGAUAACACAUUAUGGAAAGUGCUGAUAUGAAUUAAUAAUUUAUUCAGUUAUGAUACAAGAGUUCUUGCUAAAUUAUACAUGUUUAUCACUGCCUGAUUAGAAACCCCACUUUCUUUUCUAAUCUAGCACAAAAUCUGUGAUUCUACAGCCAGUCUUUUUAAUGGGUAAAAAUGACCCAACACCUUUAUUUUAUAUGGGAAACUUUUUUUUUUUUUUAACACUAACUUCUAAAGUGCUUAACAAAAGGUUUAUUCAGGAUAACUAAGCACGUAUGUCCUUUUUAAACUUGCUGGAAGAGACUUACCCCUCCAAUCUAGCAUCCCAAAAAGACAACUUCUUUUAGGAACUGGGCAUUCUAACUAAACAUAGCAGCUUAUAUGUUAGCCAAGGUAGGUCUGCGCUAGUGUUUUCCACAACCAUCAUCUUAAGGGGUGAUGUCCAUCUACAGAUAGUGGAAGCCACUUCGUGGGGAAGUGUUAUCAGCAUGAUUUCACUUUUGGUAACCAGGUAAUCCUGUGUAUAUACCUAAGAUUGGCUUCAUUUUAAUAUAUUCUCUCUGCUCCUCUGCACUUCAGGUCUUAAGCUAUUUUAAAAAUUGGGUUUUGGCAAUCACCAACUGAAAUGUUUAUGGCAACUGCUUUCCUGAGCAAGUGUGAUGUGUUUUAUGGCUGUUCAAAUUAAUCAAGUUGUUCUUAUAUUGUAGGUAUACAAAAACCUUAACUGUUUUUAAAGGUCACUGUAACUUGAGGUUCAAAUUUCUGGCACAAUUUUAUUUGUAUUCACUUCUGAAGCUAAAAAGAUACCACAGUUUUCUAUGUUACUCUCAUUGUAACAUCAAUAAAGUGACUUUCAAUAAAAGAUUUUAUGUUAUUUUGA